AUGAGUAACAAAGUAAUUUUAGAAGAGGAAGAGUAUGUAGAGGCACUUGGUCAGAUAAUUGAGCGUGACUUCUUUCCAGACCUUCCUAAGCUCAAAAGGCAGACAGAGUUGUUGCAAGAUGAAGAACAUUUGACAUGUACAAACAAGACAUUACGUGUCGAAUCCACUAGAGGCAUUACAUUGAUGCAUAGCAAUCUGAGCGGCUCAGGAUGGGACCAUCCAACUGACCGGUCAAUCAAAAAUGACUUGGAGCGGUACGAAGAGGACAAAGAUGCUGACAACAAUGCUAACGCUUUAAUGACAUUGAACCACUUUGUCGCGACUCACACAUCCGAGGACAACGAAUCGUUCAAUGAACUGCAAGAAAAAGCAGUGAAAGACCAUCGGCGACGGUACCAUUGGGCAUUUGAUGAUAACGAGGAAAAGGGUGAUCCGAAGCUGCACUUAUUAACGGAUGGGACGUGGAUCUCACAUGAGCAGCGGCAAAUUGCAGACGAAGCGCGGGCAUUGAAAGGACCCAAAGAUGAUAGACCAAGCGCUCCUGACACAUGGAAGUAUCGUGCAAGGAAUCCACUUUUAUUUUCACCUGAACUAGAAGCAACGGGAGAUAUCUGUGGGAUCAAAGCUGGUUCCAAAAGGCAGCUUUUACUAGUGGAAGGGGGCAAUGCUCGAAAAGUACGCUCAGUAAAGCCACCAAAGUUGAGGGAAACGAUAGUAUACGCGAAUUCAAGAUUUUCCUCGAAAGGUGCAAAAAUGGUUGAGGGUGAUAAUUCAGAAAAAUCAGCGUCACCACGCAAGGACUAUUCUUUAGUUCCAAUGACGCCGGUUAUUGCACCAGGAGUGGAUGCGAGUCCGCUGAUGACAUGGGGAGACAUUGAAGGCACUCCAACAAUUCUAGGAGCUACGCCAGCUAGAAUAUUAAAUACACCAAGUUUUGAGCUUCAAGACUCGUCACGGCGAGAAAAACUUGCCAAUCGACUGGAGGCGGAAGCUCGCCAUCGCAAUAUCAAUACGCGGCUGCUGGGUACCAAGACUCCGUCAAGAAAAGGACUGAAAGCCGAUCAAACGCCAGUAUCACGCAGUGUUCGCUCCCGCGUUUCAGGUGUUCGUUCAGUUCUACAUACCCCGCUUAGCUCAGAUACGCAGUUGAGAGCAAGCUACUCUACCCCCUUGCGACCUCCGCGCCAGUCAUCUCAUCUCAGGCGCGCAAGAUAA